AUAACUGCCAUCUACACUGCCGUCCUUGUUGCUUCAACUCUCGCCUACACUGCAAUGGCUUGGAUUGGACUCAGCAUUGAAACCGCCAACAAGGAUCUCAUCUGA